UUUUAAAAUUACUAUUACCGGAAGUUUAAAUGGCGACUUCUGAAGACAUCGAAUUAGUCAAAUUCACCAGAGGUAAAUCAGAUGUAUGGAAAUACUUCCUCGUAAAAAAAGACAAGAAAACAGGAAAAGUUACUGAAAACAUAGCCGUUUGUUCAAAGUGUAAAAUUGAAGUGAAAUGCCCCACUCGGUGGAACUACCAACCUGAACAGUCACAUGAGGAGACAUCAUCCGAAUUUGCUCGUGGAAGAUCCUAUUCCUACGAAGACUACUUCAGAAAAAUUAGAGGUUAAAACAUCUGUUGUAAAUACAUCUAUAUCUGGAAACUUGGUUUCUUUGUUUAGUAAAAAGUACCCUUCAAAUGCGGAAUGUUCAAAGAUAAUCACAGACAAAAUUGCUAGAUUUAUUGUCAAAGAUCUUCGACCAUUUAGCAUGGUUGAUAGCCCAGAGUUCAGAGAUAUGAUAGCUUGUUUGGAUAAUCGUUACCAGGUCCCCUCCAGAAAGACAUUUAGUGAAGUUGUCAUUCCAAAAAUGUAUUCAGAUGUGAAAGUUCAAGUUCUAAGUAGUCUUCUUGAAGCAGAGCAAGUAGCAUUGACCACUGAUGGCUGGAGUUCACGAGCUACAGAAUCCUACAUUACGAUUACUUCGAUCCACCCAUAUUGACAAAGAUUGGAAUCUUUGUAAUUUUGUUUUGCAAACCAG